AUGGAGUCCACGCUCCCGACAACCGAGUCCCAGGGACCAAUGCUGUUUGAGGAUCUGGCUGUGUAUUUUUCUCAAGAGGAAUGUGUGAGUCUGGACCCUGCCCAGAGGCCCCUCAGCAGAGAUGGAACACAGGAGUGUUUUGAGGAUGUGCCCUUGAUGGGAGAGGAAGGCAAGACUGAGAUUAACCAGCAGUUAAGUCUAGAGUCUAUGGAACUUGAAGAGCUUGCCUUAGAAAAGUACUCCAUUGCUGCGCCCCUUGACCAUUACCUAGAAAAAUCCUCUGAGGAUGAAGUUGGAAACCCUGAAAGGAAAAUAUCAGGUGGAACUUCCAUCUGCAAGAAAAAGUUCAUAAGCCUUUCAGUUACCAUUGAAAACCACACCCCGUUAGUAGAACUAUCUCAAUGUUUAGGAAUCAGAACACUUUCUGAAAUUCUUGAAAUUCCCUGGGAAGAAGCCAAAAAGGUGUACAAAUGUUCUGAAUGUGACCAAAGUUUCACUGAUAAUUCAUACUUUGUUUUGCAUCAGAAAAUUCAUUCGGGAGGGAAAAAAUAUAAAUGUGGUGACUGUGGGAAGAUUUUCAAUCAUAGAGCCAACCUGCGGACACAUAGGAGAAUUCAUACUGGUGAGAAGCCUUAUAAGUGUGCCGAGUGCGGUACCAGCUUCCGCCAGCCCUCACAUCUGUCCCGGCACAUGAAUAGCCAUGUAAAGGAGAAACGCUAUACAUGUGGCAUAUGUGGGAGAGGUUUUAUGUGGCUUCCAGGAUUGGCACAGCAUCAGAAAAGCCAUACUCCCGUAAAAGCCUAUGAGUGUGCUAAAGGUGGUAAAUAUUUUGGUGAGAAAACACAUCUUGCUUUGCAUGAGAAAACACACAAAUCAGCCACUCAGUACCAGCACACUCAGUGUGUGAAGAGCUUCAAGCAGCCCUCACACCCUGCCCUCUCCGAGAAAGGCCAGGAGGAUGACUCUGAACGCUGCAGCGAUGAUUGUGAAAAUUUUUUCUCGUUUGCAAAGUUCAAACCCUUACAAUGUUCUGACUGUGAUAUGACUUUUCCUUCUUUCUCUGAGCUUGUUUCUCAUCAGAACAUUCAUACAGAGGAAAAGCCCCAUACAUGCAAAACAUGCACAAGAAGUUUUACUUCAGACUCAGAACUUGCACGCCACCAGAGGAGCCACACAGGAGAGGAACCUUUUAAAUGUACCGUGUGUGGGAAAAGUUUCAAGGUGAAUGUGCAUCUCAUUACUCACAAGCGAACCCAUAUGAAAAACACCGUGUAAAUAUAACAAGUUUCUGUUAAAGCUUGGGCUUUUCAGUAUCUAUACGUUGGAAAAUAGUUCCUGUUUACGCGCUGUGAUAAGCACUUUAUCCACAUUCCAUGUAAUCUUCUCACUACAACCUUGAUUUAGGCAGCAUUAUUUCCAUUUUAUAGCUGAAGAAGCAUACUCAAUGUCAUAAAGCUAAUGAGUGAAACCAGGAUUCAAACUUAGUUACUGUUCAAAUACCAUUUGUAUGAGCCAGAGAAAGAGAACU